AUUUUAGGUCUCGGGCUUUACUUGCGGCCUCUUUUUCUCCGAGCUCUUCGAGCUCCGUGUGUGAGGAGCUUGUACUCGAUCGUCUUUGUUAGGUAGUUGCGAAUUUUGUAUCACAGAUUAGCAGCUAUGGGGGGCUCCAACAAGCAGAAGAACAAGAAGGCAGCGCCUGUGAAGGGGAAGCCAAAGCAUUCCUUGGACGAGGGCAGGCGUGAUGGGAAGAAUGGAACUCGAACGGCAGCCACGGUGCGCCGGCUUAAGAUGUACAAGUCGCGCCCUGUGCGAAAUAGCAAGGGGCACAUUCUGUCGAAUGAGUACCAGUCCAAAGCCCUGCCGACGACGCGCAUCCAGCCCGACCGCCGUUGGUUUGGGAACACCCGGGUUGUGGGCCAGAAGGAGUUGGAGACGUUCAGGGAAGAGAUGCGGGAGCGUGUGUCGGAUUCUUACACUGUUAUAUUGAAAGACAAAAAACUGCCGCUGGCUUUGCUGAACGAUAAUAUGAAGCAAAAGAAGGUGCAUUUGUUAGAGACUGAGUCCUUUGAGGAUACUUUUGGACCAAAGAAGAAACGUCGUCGUUCCAAAUUGGCGGUGGAGGAUUUUGCUGCUUUUGCCGAGAAAGUCGACAAAGUCCGAGAUGGAUUUGAAAAUGGCGAUGACAAGCCCUUUCCUAAUGGUAAGGAUGAUGGCGCGAGGGAUGCGGCUAGACACAGUAUGUUCGACAAAGGUCAGAGUAAGCGUAUUUGGGGCGAGCUAUACAAAGUUAUCGAUUCUUCGGAUGUAGUCAUCCAGGUUUUGGAUGCCAGGGAUCCAAUGGGUACAAGGUGCAGACAUUUGGAGAGGCAUUUACGAGAUAACUGCAAGCACAAGCAUCUUAUAUUGCUGUUGAAUAAGUGUGACUUGAUUCCUUCAUGGGCAACGAAGGGUUGGCUGCAUGUUCUCUCGCGGGAAUUUCCAACACUUGCUUUCCACGCAAGUGUUACCAAUCCUUUCGGCAAGGGCUCGCUCCUUUCACUUCUUCGGCAACUUGCUCGCUUGAAAAGUGACAAACAGGCUAUUUCGGUCGGAUUUGUUGGAUAUCCGAAUGUUGGGAAGUCGUCGGUUAUCAACACCCUGCGAACGAAGAUGGUGUGCAAGGUGGCUCCAAUUCCUGGGGAGACGAAAGUUUGGCAAUACAUCACACUCACCAAGCGCAUAUUUCUGAUCGAUUGUCCUGGUGUCGUCUAUCAGAGUUCGGAUUCCGAGACUGAUAUUGUUCUUAAGGGUGUAGUUCGAGUAGGGAAUUUGGAAGAUGCCACAGAGCACAUCGGUGAGGUAUUGAGUCGUGUGAAAAAGGAUUAUCUUGUACGAGCAUACCGUGUCAAGGACUGGGUAGAUGAUAAUGACUUUUUGACGCAACUUUGUAGAUUGACCGGAAAGUUGCUCAAGGGAGGAGAGCCCGAUUUGCCGACCGCUGCCAAAAUGGUGCUUCAUGAUUGGGUGAGAGGGAGAAUUCCGUUCUUCAUACCUCCCCCUCGCAUAGAAGGGCCAUUACCCGAGGGAACCAAAGCCCCAGCUUCAGCUGAGGGUCAGUCUGAGACUGAAGAACAGACAGUUACUCAAGUAGCAGCGUCCGCUAUUGCUGAUGUCGUGAAAAAGCAGAAAGUUAGACACGUUCCUGUGAAGGAGAAUUUCUUCGAUGUUGAAGAUAUUAAUAAUCCUGAUCAUGAGGACCUUCAAUCGGAAUCAGAUGACGAUGACGAUAUGAACGAGAUUGGCAGUAGAGAUGAUGAGGAUGAAGAAAGGCCUGAAGAAGCUGAGGAUGCCCAGGAUAUUGCAACAGCAUCACGGUCCGCUGAAGAGGAAUCUGAAAGUGAUGACGCGGAAGAGGACGUAACUUGGGAAGAUGUUUUGAAAAGUGUGCAAGCUGAAAUGGGUGUCAAGGUCGAAGAGCCUUCUGCUCCUACAGAAUCUGACGUUGUUACAGAACACACUUCCUCUACGGACAAGAAGCUUAAAAAGAGAAAACAAGAAGGACCACCGCAAACUGUGUCUGACCUGAAGAGCCCAAAAGUAGAGAAGAAGUUGAAGCGGAGGAAGAGAUAGCUGUUCUCUCAUCUGUGGCACGAUACUUAUGGCAAUGUAUACCCACCAUCCUGCAAAAGUGCUCUGGGAUCUGUUGCUCCUUAUUAAUAUUCAAACUUGGCUGUCUUUAUGUGGCUAAUCUCAAAUCA